AUGUUGCAAUUUGAAUAUUCAAAUUUUGAGGAUCCAUACGUUUUGUGGGAAGAUUUAAAAAGCAGAUUUGAUAAUCAAAGGGAAGUUUUACUUCCCACUGCUAGAGAUGAAUGGAACAAUCUCAGGUUCCAAGAUUUUAAAAAGGUGAAUGAAUACACCUCUGCUUUGUACAGGAUAUGCUCAACGCUCCGAUUCUGUGGGCAAACUGUUACGGAGGAAGAUAUGUUGGAGAAAACUUUCUCCACAUUUCAUGCAUCAAAUAUAAACUUGCAACAACAAUAUCGGUUGCAAAAGUUUCAAAGAUAUUCUGAUCUAAAUUCAUUUCUCCUCGUAGCAGAGAAAAACAAUGAGCUACUAAUGAAAAAUCAUCAAGCUCGUCCCACUGGAUCAUUAGCCAUUCCAGAAGCAAAUGCUGUUAUUAAUGAUGAUAUUAAAGACUCUGGAAGAAAAUGGGGAUGA